UAGUAAAAAAAUUUAACAGUUAUUAUUUAAAUAUAGUUAUUAAUCAUUUAUAAGUUUAAAACAUUUUUAAUAAAGUAAUACACAGUAAUAACUAUACAAUUGUUAUCAUAUAUACUGAAAAUAUAUUUAUAAAUAAUGAUUUUACAUAUAGUAUUGUUAGUUACAUUAAACGUAGUCGUAAGCUUAUCGGGUAAUCAGGAAUGCGAUCAUAAAAUGGAGGACAGGGUUAGCAAACAUUUCAAUCAAUUGACUUUUGCCGACCGCCAUAACCCGUAUCCGCUGACCAAAGAGGAACAGUUAGAAUAUUGCAAAAAAUUCAAACUGACCGAACUAUUAAAGCAUGCCAACGAUGUGAUCACAUGUGUGGCCAAAACGGCAAAACUGAAACAUCUGAUACUAAUAUCAGUCAAAGAUACUAAAGAUCCCGAAGUUUGCGAAGAGUUGGCCGAAAAACCGGAACUGUUGGCCGAAUUUCGUAAGAAAUCCAAACAAAUGCUAACAAUUCGUAAUAAAAUAUACGAUGUUAUGGCCGAUGGUAUUAAAAAUGAUACUAAACUAACGGUAUCGAUGUUUAAUUGUUAUCUUAAAAAAUGGUCGACCGAAAUAAGUGCCCUAUUAUCACCAGAAGCUCGUGAAUAUCAUAAUAAACGUUUCGAUAGUACAACCGGUAUGGUUAUCAACUAUCUGAACGAUGGCGGCAUCAAAACAGCCGAUAAGUGUGAUUGGCCUAAACCUGGACGACACCAAAACAAAGUUCCCGAUUAUUCCUCAAUGUAUUUUGCAGCUAAAGUUUAUUCAAAUAUUUAUAAUUAAAAAAAUUAAAUAUUAAUUUAUUUUUAAAA